CAGAGUAGGAGGGAGAAAAACAAAGCAGGAACUGCAAAUGAUGGAUUCUCCUUCUCGACCAAAACUCUUUGACUUCCAUGGAGUGUCAAUGACCAGUAGUUUUACAGACAACUGGGAGACCGUUCAAAACUUUCAAGCCAGACCAGACGACGUCGUUAUUGCAACAUAUCCCAAAUCAGGAACAACAUGGGUCUCCUAUAUUCUGGAUUUAUUGUACUUUGGUCAGAUGUCUCCGGAGCGUCAGAACACCAUACCCAUCUAUGAGAGGGUACCUUUCCUGGAGAUCACCGAAUCAGGAUUCAAAGGAACAGACCAUGCAGACCAGCUCCCCACCACCCCCCGUCUCAUCAAAACUCAUCUGCCAGUCCAGUUUGUUCCAAAGUCCUUUUGGGGGCAAAACUGCAGGAUGGUCUAUGUUGCACGAAAUGCAAAGGACAACAUGGUGUCUUCUUUUCACUUUGCACGCAUGAAUUCUUACAUCCCAGAGCCUGGAGAUUGGAACAGUCACUUUCAGAAGUUUCUGGCAGGAAAAAUGUUGUUUGGAUCAUGGUACGACCACGUGAAUUGCUGGUGGAAGAAGAAACAAACCUAUUCAAAUCUCCACUACAUGUUCUACGAAGACCUUGUUGAGGAUACUGGACGGGAAAUAGACAAACUCUGCUCCUUUCUCAGCUUAUCUCCUUCAGCUGAGGAGAAAACCAGAGUUAUGAGUGAAGUGAAGUUUGACAACAUGAAAAACAAUGCGAUGACCAAUUACUCUGCAAAGCCUGGAAUGAAUUUCGAAAUCUCUCCAUUCCUGAGAAAAGGAAUUGUUGGUGACUGGAAGAAUCACUUCACUGUGGCUCAGAAUGAAGAGUUUAAUGAAGACUACAAGAAAAAGAUGAAGGAUCCCACUCUUCAGUUCCGCACUGAAAUAUGA